AUGCCGCCUAGCGCGCCGCCCAUGACAAUGCGUACCAUUCGCCGUCUGCGUGAUGUGCGUGGGUUCUUAGAGCGUCGGCAGGCUACUCCUUCUAGAUAUCAUGAUGACCUUAUGCGCCUGGAGGCUUGGGACGAUGUACAUGUCAUGGCCCCUGAUGUAUCGAAUCGUCAUCUGCUCAAAGUCUUGGCACGUAUGACGUGCUUGGCGUACUACAAAGAUGUGCCGAACACUGUAACAGAUGCGCCGGAGUGGCGCUGGUCGUCGAAAUUCGGAUGGGACGAAGAGGGCUUGCGUGGUCAUAUCUAUGCAACAGAGAAUAAUGAAACUGUCGUGGUAGCGCUCAAGGGAACCAGUGCGAGUUUCCUGCCGGGCGGCAGUACGGGGCAGCGCGACAAAGACAAUGACAAUCUGCUCUUCUCCUGCUGUUGCGCACGUGUAACGCCAGCGUGGAAACCUAUUUGCAACUGCUAUCACAGUGGUAAUCACUGCGAUCAGGCCUGUGUGGGCCGUGCUUUGAUUGAAAAGUCGCUGUAUUACCCCGCCGCCACGGAUUUGUACAACAACAUAUCGUACCUGUACCCCAACAGUCAAGUGUGGGUCACAGGCCACAGUCUGGGCGGAGUGAUUGCCAGCUUUCUGGGCGCAACGUUCGGGGUUCCGGCUGUAGCCUUUGAGUCGCCAGGUGAUCGCCUCGCUGCCUCGCGUCUGCAUUUGCCAAUCCCACCGCCUGAUAUGCCAGACGACGACGCGUACGCACUCGUACCUGUGACGCAUGUAUACCAUACGGCGGAUGCGCUUGCGACAGGGCAGUGCGUCGGCCCCACAUCGAUUUGCAGCCGUACAGGCUUUGCGAUGGAGACAAAAUGCCACAUGGGACAGAGUGUUGUAUACGAUACAGUGAAGUAUCUUGGAUGGUCACCAGGCGUCCUACCUCAUCGUAUUACAUAUGUCAUGUCGGAGCUUCUUUCCGAGGACUGGGACCAGCGCGUACGUCGCGAGAGUGCCGUGCCCUUGCCAGACGACGGCAUGUCCCUAGGCGCUGUGCCCACGCCGCAACGUGAAUCACUGUGUCAAGACUGCACAAGCUGGAUAUUUACGUAG